UUCAUCUUGUUCAUAACACAUUGUAUUACUUUGAAUCUAACUGAAGCAUCAUCAUCGACAAUAAACCAUCUCAACAUGAAUUCAAAAACAUUGUUUGCUUUUGUUUUAGUUAACAUUUGUAUCAUCACUGUAACUGCUCAAGUGUACAACUAUGGAGUGACUGUUAGAACGGCCUCUAAAAAGUUCGAUAGCCAUGACGGUAAACUAAAGCUUUCAAUCACGAGUCCUAACAGUGACAACAGCAAGAAAAAUACAGCACAAGAGUUUGUAUUGACUCCAAAUGAUAUUAAGAUCAAAAGGGAAAAAAUUUAUACUGCAACAAUUUCAUCAAUCGCUCCAUUGCAAAACAUUACUUCGGUUUACCUUCGAUGGACUCUGGCCUCACCAUACAAUCCCUACUACGCAAUCAACAAGCCAAAAAUAUACUUCGAUUCAGUAACUCUAAGCACUGCAACACUCAAUCCCUACACACAUCUUGCUUCAUCUGAAAGUCGCAAGUUUUGUCCAACUACUAUUCCAAUCGGAAUUAAACAUGCGGAUGGAGCUACUUUCAAUUCUUGCUUUUGAAGAAAGCUAAAUAAAAGUUAUGAAACUUUAAAGCAACUAACUUUGUAAUAAUUUUUUAAGUGUUUUAUUAAAUAAAUUUCAAAUAAAUUUCCAUUUUGCAAAAUUAA